AUGCUCGUAUCCGCCAAAGGAUUGGGCACAUUGAGAUUCGUGGGUAGGCCGUGUUUCUUCGCGAAGGCGUUGAACUCCUCUCUUGGAAGUGCACGGCUGUUUUCCCAAGUGCGUGAUCCUUUUCCAGAAGAUGACAAAGAUAAUGCCGCCACUAGUUUGGGAAUAAGUGAGUAUUACAAGGGAAAAUUAUACACUUUAACUUUCGACAAGGAGUCAAAUCGGAUAAAGAAGGAAAGCACUACAUCGUUGAGAAAUCACACAUUAACCUUACCAGUAUUCAUUAAAACCACAAAACUAAAGCUAACCGACAUUUUUCUCCCACGCAACUAUCCAUCCUCUGUCAAAGGAAAGUAUCUCAACUACUGCUCCUGGGCGGCGUUCGGAAUGGGUCUCAGUGCAGCGGGCGGAGUGCUGAGCACGCAAUCCAUGCUUUUCGCGAUCGGAAUGGGCGCUGGCGCGGUACCGAUGGCCGCCGCCCUCAACUGGGUUUUAAAAGACGGUCUCGGGCAAUUAGGCGGUAUGGCCUUCACAGCUCUGGUCAACAGCCGUCUCGACGCGGAUUCCCGCGGUUGGCGCAUCCUCUCGGCGUGGUUGCUGGAGAUCUCGACCUGGCUGGAAGUGAUGACUCCGCUGUUCCCGCACUCCUUUCUGCUCCUGGCGACGCUGGCGAACGUGGGAAAGAACAUUUCGUGGCUCGCGGGGAGCGCGACGCGCGCUGGAAUUCGCUAUGGGUUCGUGAAUGCCCACAACAUGGGCGAUAUCACAGCCAAAGAGGGCUCGCAGACGGUCGCGAUCACGGUUUUCGGGACGUUUUUGGGAAUUGUGAUCUCGAAUCUGAUCGGCCACGGCCAUAUGGAAUAUGUGCUGAUGAGCAGCAUGUGCAUUAGCGCGGUCUCGUUGUUCUCCAUCUAUCAAUCCUUGCGAUGUGUGUCGUUGCCUACGCUGAAUUACCAGGUCGGACGGAGUAGUGUGUCGAGGUGCUUGCUGAGUAGUUCUAACGACCAAUUGAAGGCGUAUUAUCAUGGGUUCUUGCUUCGCAAGGCGAUUAAGGAGAGCGGGGUACAAGACGUUGGUUUCAACACGCUGAUCGAUUUGGUGAAGCAAACAAAGAAUGAGGUUGAGACUGGUUUCCCUUUGUAUUUGGAAAAGCUUGUUCAAGCGGGGUGGAACAGUAACGACUUGUUUUUGGAAGAGAAAAGUCAGAGGUAUUGUAACUGUGUUGUUUGUUAA